AUGCAGAGCUCUACCGCCAAGGCGCUCAAGAAGGCGUCUGGAGCUCUCACGGUGAGCGUGACAUUGGACGAGAAGGUAGGAGGAAAGAAACCGACGGAAGUCGAAAUCCUCUCCUCCAUCCUCCGACGAUCUAAGAUCGCGAGCCUCUUCGUCCCCCAAGAACUCGUGAGGAUGUUCGCAGAGGAGCAGAAGACCGCUAAGGGGAACUUCCCCGGCCCUUGUCCUCUCGUGCUCAGGGAAGUUGUGUCGGACGCUGAACACAUCGAGCUUGCUGCCUCCAAUGGGGCCUCUGCCGUGAUCGUGCGGGCAGGGCACGCCGACGCUUCCUCGCUGUGCGAGCAGGCGAAGAAGAAGGGGCUGAGUGUGAUCUGGGAGGUUGAAAGCGCAGAGGAGAUGAAGAGCUGCGAGGAGAAGGGAGAGAACAUGCUGCUCGUGGACGAGAAGAACGCGGACAUUCUGAGCGGGGCGAGCAAGACCAGCGUCAUCAUCGGAAGGGUCUCGGCGAUGCAGGCGCAGAACGAGGAGGUGAAGAAGAGCAGAGACAUGCAGAGCAAAGGAUGCUGCGCUAUCGUGCUGGAAGAUGCGGUAGUGGGGGACGGAGAAGACCUGCCCUACGUGCGAUGGGCCAUGGAGGCGAUCCUCAGCAAGGCGAGCACUGAGUUCAAGAUCACAGGAAUGACGGGUCACGUUAACGGACACUAUGGCACUGGGACGUUUGAGCGAUCGGACAAGCAGAUGGAAUGGAAGAGAAAACAAGCCUAA